UCAGUCGUCUCUGCCACUGUAUAUAUAAAGCCCUGAUCCUGUCGUAACGCUAAAUAGAUGCCAUUCAACACUGAAAACAUGACCGUUGUUCGUACAUUAGUUGUGUUAGUUUUUAUGCACGCAUAUAUUUUUGCUGAAGAACUCAUACAGCAUGGCGGGUUUGAAGAGGAGGGGUACACGGCGUUUUGGGAGUGUAGAGGGUGCAGUAUGACACGUGUACAAGACAGUCACGGAGGAACAUAUGCACUGAAAGUGGAAAACAGGGUAGCUGAAUAUGCUGGACCCCGCCAAGCACUAAGUGUUACCAAAAAUGCAUUUUAUGAAGUCGAGUCCUAUGUCAAGUUAUUGAAUGACGAAGAGGGAUCAGUUCAUACCAGGGUAGAGGUGUGGAGAAAUAUCAUCUUCACAGACGGGACUAAAAGAUGGCACAAGAUUGGAAACGGUCCAUACUUGACAACGGCAGAUGGCUGGAAAAAAGUUGGAGGCUCGUUCAGGGCACCUGACCAAGAUGUGGAGUACUUUGCUAUCUACUUCAGAGGCCCUGAUCCGGCUGUGUCCUUCCUCGUUGACAGCGUAUCUAUAAAGCUGAUCCCAGAAAUGAGUGACACUUGGAAAGAUGAAGCCGAGGAAAAAAUCCAGCAAAACAGAAUGGCUGAUAUCAUCCUCGAUACGUUCAUUGGGGAUGAAUACCAUUUAAAUGACACAGAAAUUCAGGUGCAACAAGAAAGCAGUGAGUUUCCAUUUGGUGCUAUGGUCAAAGCAGAUCUUAUUCUCGGUGAAAAUGAGCAAAAGUAUCGUGACUUUGUGAGUGAGAUGUGGGACUGGACCACCAUAUCAAACGCAAUGAAAUGGAGGAUGAUGCAGUGGCAUAAGGAUUCCCUUGAUUACGAAACACCCACACAAACAGUCGCCGAGCUCUUGAAGAUGGGCAAGAAGAUACGAGGACAUAAUGUCGUUUGGGGUGUGGAGAAAAAUGUUCCAUACUGGCUUAAAGAUAUGUCAGCAGAGGAGGUUAAGGCAGAGGUAGACACUCGGGUUAAAGGGGUCGUCUCUGCGUUUAAAGGGAGUUUGAGUCACUGGGAUGUGAACAAUGAGAUCAUCGCUGGACAUGGAGACUGGUUUGAACAAAACACUGGAGACAGGUUUCUCACAGAGACCAUGUUUCAGAACAUUUCUGCCAUUGACCCUGACGUGAAACUAUUUUUUAACGAGUUUAACGUAAUCAGCAGCGGGACUACCACCGACGCAUAUGUCGACAUGGUAGAACUGUACAAGUCUAAAGGACUUCCUCUGCAUGGUAUCGGAGUACAGGGACAUCUUAAACCCGGACCGCCAGACAUUUUGAAAAUUAAGGAAAACUUGGACAAACUAGCCACGACUGGUCUCCCAGUUUGGAUCACAGAGCUGGACAUAGAGGCCGCCGAUAUUAACGACAGGGGAGACUAUUAUGAGGAUGUGCUGACGUACCUGUUCAGUCACCCUGCAGUUGAGGGGAUAAUGCUUUGGGUGUGGCACGAUAACGGAAGACCGUGGAGGGAGGACACAAAUCUGGCGGCUGGACUCGGAGACGAUUUUCAGGUCAAUGAGGCGGGGAACAGGAUCCAGCAAUUGAUAAAGAAGACAUGGCGAACGAAGGAAGUUAUCAAGCCGACAUCUCAGUUCUCUUCCCUGGCUCUUAGGGGGUUCAUGGGGGACUAUACCAUAAAGGUGUUGCACAAUGGAGUAGCGGUUUUGGAGAAAAAGGUCUCAGUUGGAAAGGAAGGUGCAACUGUCAACUUGCAAGCAGGGUCAGGUCUAAGUUGUGUCAGUAGAUGGUCUGCAAAAUCCGGCAUUGGUAACGGGGAAACUAUUACAGUUCCAUGUGCUGAUGGUGAAAUCAUGACAGGAUGUUCCUCAAGAGCUAUUGAUAAAUCAGAAUACAGAGACGGCGAAAGGUUUGGAUGGAAUUCCUCAACCAAAAAACGCAUUUGCAAGGCAAUCAACAGUGCUGGUUCCACUGCCUCUGUCCAAGCCAUUGCCCGCUGCUGUAAACUACCUGUGGACCUGCAGUGCUCCUACCCCCCGGCACAGGCCUCGGGCACAGGCGAGAACGAACAAAUAUCAAUUCCUUGCCCCACAGGAAAAAUACCAACAGGUUGCACUUGCCUUGCUUACAAUAUGGCCUUUGAUGGAUCAUUCCCCGAUAUGAGUGCCUCAUCGUGUGUUGCUCAAAAUGAUGGAAUUCGCGGAGGAUCUUAUGGGACUGGUGCCUGUUGUCAAGCAAGUGGACUGGAGUGUGUCACCAAAAUAUCGGAGCGCAGUGGAGGCAAUCUUGGUGACAAAAUUUUUAUCAGUUGUGAAGCUGGGUAUACCAUCACAGGAUGCAAUGUCUACAAUGAUUUUGGGGGAACAGCAGGGGCAUAUACAGCCUCCUGGGGUGGCAGUGAGUACUGUAUAGCAUUAAACGGCAGACGCCGGACCAUGUCCAACCAAGGCGUGAAAGCUGUAGCCACAUGUUGUAGAAUUGCAAAUACUGAUGCCAAGAACUGAACAUCUCAACCAGAGAGUCACUUCCU